AUGGCGUAUCCACGGGGGAGAGUCGUCAGAGACUCGCUGCUGACCAGCAUCACCAAGGCCCCUGUGGGUAAGGCCCGUAGCAGCAGUGGGGGUCUUCCUGGUCCAGACUUCACCUACGGAAAGCCCAGCGACCUGAACCAGGUUGGGGGCGUGGCUGAAGCUCUGUCCAGCUGGAAGGUUGAGCCCAGGCGUGAGGAACCUCCUCCACUUCCAAACUAUGUGUCUCUGAACCGGGACGUGGUGAAAUCCGGUCUGGUGACGUCCAAAGAGAUGAAACAGUACCGGGUUCAGAGGCAGGAGGCUGCAGUCCAGAACCGUGUUCCAAGACAACGUGAGGGCAGGGCUUCACGACGCCGGCCGCCACUGCCUGACAUCGUGUUUGGAGUCGCCAGCAGGUUGUCAACUAUUGCGCCUAUGGCGGACAUCCUCUCUCACGAGUACGGUCAGCGCUGGGCGGAUGAACACCUGAGCCAAACCUGCAGCCGUAAAAAAAAGGUUCAGGUGAAACCUGCAGAAACCAGAACAAGCCUGCUGAGGAGGAGCACAUCUCUGCCUGUUGUACACAAACCCUUCAAGCUGCCUCAGUUCACAGAGGUGGCGCCAGCUCUGGACACCUUCAGAGACCCAAAGGCCCGUGAGCGAGCUCUCAGGGCUUCCAGGGCUUUCAGGGCUCGUCAGUCCACCUCGCUGUCCAGGACAGAACAUCAGGGUCCCGGGACAAACGGUCAGGACUGA